AUGAACAAAAAGUUAAGGACAAUGGAAAAAAGAAAAAAGGUAGAAAAAAAUCUGAGAAAAAAGAAACAAAAAGCAAAAGAAAUUCUAAAAUUCUAAAAAAAAAAAAAUAAUGAAGAAAUAAAUAAAUAAAUAAAAAAACACUAGGGACACAAAAAAGCAAAACAAAGGAAAGAAAAAGAGAAAAUUGAAAAGAAAAAAAAAACAAAUAAAGCAAAUUCAUUUGUAAAAAGUCAAUGAAAAAGAGGGAAAAGAAAAUAGCCAAAAAUAAAAGCAGCAGAAAAGGGGAGGAAGAAAAAAAAAGGACACCAUGAAAAAAGUCAAUUCUUCCUUUUUUGUGUUAAUAUGUAUAAUAAAGUGCUAAACGUUUCUGAUUUACAGGGGGAAAAAAACUACAUUUCACCUCCUCCUUUAGUCCUCGGAGCGCCAAUCAGAUACCCAGAAGUCACUGAACGCAUCACCAACCACAUCCUCUAUCCUCAUCACCACCGCCGGACACUGGAAGGACCAAACGACACCCUGAAGCCAUCACGCAUCAACCUGAGAGGAUUUAACGCAGCACUUACCUUCACCGUAAGUUAUUUCCACACAUUUUCCCCGUGUUUAUAGCUCAUUUCGUGUCGACCGGAGCCCGGUGGAUAUGAGGCAUGUCUGCUCCACACGGCGGCGGCAGCGGCACGAUUCAGUUUCCGGGUUUGCCGUCUUUGUGCACACGGCACCGGGCUGGUGCAGAGCGCAGAGAACCAACGUGUUACUGUUUACUUCCAGUGUGAGUGUGUCUUUCUGGUCAAACACGCUCGGUUGGUCUUACUGAGGGGAAAGGAUUUUUAUGAUUUCUUGGCUUUUUUUCACCGAUCGAGGCUCGGCGGCAGUACGAGGCCCGAACCCGGCCCGCAGCCACCUGGCAGAUGCCCUCUGCCAGCAUCCUGCAUUAGAUACAUGAUAAAACCCCGCUAGCACAGUGGCUAACCUGCUAAUUCGCGGUUUUAAACUGAAGAGGUGAGACUAUUUAAUCAUUAAUGAACACUGACUGUUAUAAACCGGACAUUUGCUGUGGUUUUUACCGAAAAGGAUGAGCUGUUUGUCCGGUUGAGCCCGGCGUGUUCCGCGUGCCAACUUGGCUUCAGAUGGAUGAGCCGAGCACCAAACCUCGUUCAAGAAAUCAUCAAAACAAGUUUCUUUUGCUACUGCCGGAGGAUUUACAAUCUAAAAUUCAAAGAAUCUUUGUAAACUGAAAGAUCACAAGAUGAAAUUCGAUUCGGCUCCACGUUUAAAAACAAGCUCUUCUUUUUUUACUGUUAAAUUUAGCCUAUUAACUUUUUCCAUCCGUGCUUUGACGAAAUCGCCGUGGGUUGUGGCUUCACUUAAGCGGGCUGUUCAGCGAAAGGGAUCUUGUGCGUAAGUUACACGCUCUAAUUCUUCUUAAUUGUUAAACCAUAAUCACUGUAAAGAGCAUUAUAAUCAAUUCUACUGACAUGUUUCUUUUUAUAAUAUUAACUAGGAACUACUGUUCAUUUCCAACGUGUAUAAUUUCAGAUACGGGUUAGGUUACAUUCAGGUGAAGCAGAAGUACACUUACGACACUUUUGUAUGACUUUCAGGAACUUAAAUAUGAUGCAAUGAUACUACCAUAGACUGUGUAUGGAAUAUUAUAUUCAGUCUAUGGAUACUACUUCAUCAUUUACAAUAGAAUUUAUUCCAAGAAAAGUUAUGGCAUACACUUGGAAACGUAUAUUGUUAAGUAUUAAGGAGACCUGGUAUUGAAAAUAAAAGCACAAACGUGUUAAUGUGGAGGUGUACAACAUGCAAUUUAUUUAUGUUUAUUUGUGAUGUUAUGUUAGUUAAAUCUCUAAAGUUGAAAUAUGAAAACUUAUAAAAUCUUUGCCUUCAGAUAUGUUAGAAAACUAAUGUAACAGGGAUUAUGAUUCUUUAUGUAUUUAAUGACGCAAUAUUACAACUUUUUCAUUUACAAUAGAAUUUAUUCCAAGAAAAAUUAUGACAUACACUUGAAAAAAUGUAUUUUGAAAUAUUAAGGAAACUGUAUAUCCAAAAAAAGCACAAGUGUGUUAAUAUGGAGGUGUACAAGAUUCAAUUUUAUUUAUAUUUUUAAUGUUAUUAUAGUAUUUAAGUUCCCUAUAGUUUAUUUAUGAAAACUUUUAUAAAAUCUUUGCCAUCAGAUAUGUUAGAAAAGGUUCAAGAAAACUAAUGUAACAGGAAUUAUGAAUCUUUAUGUAUUUAAAUAUAGACUUUUUUGUUUUAUGAAUAUUAUUGGUGUGUUUAAAAACAAUAUUUUAAUAUAUAUACAGUGUCCUUUUAAAAAGUGAUUAAUCAACUGUUUUAAGUCUGUUUUUGGUUGUUCUAACCUCAUAAUAGCAUGUUUGUUUUGUCUUACAGUGAAGCCAAAAUAGAGGAUUUAUUAAGGAGAAGAACAUUAAUUAUUUUAGUUACUUUGGAGCAGAAAUGAUUGGGCUUUUAAGAUUUUAAAACUGAGAAGAAUAGAAAUGUUUUCCCAGUUUAAACGGCUUAAACGAUCACUGUUUUACGGUUAAUUAUUUUGGCUGUUAUCUUUUCAAAUUUCACUUUAUUUUCUAUCUCCUGUCACUGAAAAUAAGCUUUGGCUGAUAUUCUGACUUGUCGUCUCUUUGUUUCUGUUUCUCAACCUUCUCGCUUCCCUGGCAGAGAUAAUGGCUGAGAGGUCGAGUCGAGCCGUCACGGCUGUGAUGUUUCUCCUAGCCGUGAGUUUGUCUGGCGGUUACGGGUCCACAGGCGCGGACUGCAGCCUGUCCACCACAGAGACACACAGCGCGGUGCGUUUACUGUCGGCUGUGGUCGACUCCCAGAAAGCUGAGCAGAGCCAGAGACAACACCUGGAGGCGCUGUUUAACAGGUGAGCUCCCAGAGUUUCAGUUUGGUAAAAACAUUCAUCUUUUAACCUUAAAAUUGCUCAAAGAUUCAACUUUAAAAUCAUUUAUCGUAGUUACCAAUCAUGAGUCCGGCUCUUUGGUUGACUUUACCGACAUCAAACUGAUUCAUAGUCUGAUGUGACGUUUCGUUUAAUUUCUCAGGUACGGAGAAAACGGCUCCAUCUCUCUGGCCGGUUUGAAGCGUCUCUUACAGAACGUGGGUCUGGCUCGCAUCAGAACUGUCAUGGUGCAACACCACGAGCAACCAGGCCACCAUCAUCAUCACCAUCACCACCAUCAUCACCACCAGCAUGACAGCAAGCUGGCGGUGCUGGACGUCGGCCCUACGGUGGCACACGGCGCCCAGCUGGUGGUGAAACCAGACGACAACAACAGACAGAACAGCUCAGAGCAGCCUGGAGAGGAGGAGGAGGAGACCGCCAGACUGACCGCUGCUGGACUGAUCUCUGAAAACCAGACGCGGGUUGCAAGAGCAGUCAACCCGAGGGGAAAUCUGCACGAGCAUGAGGAGCUCCCAACCAACCGAAGCAGGGACGGUGCAGAGGUAAAAGCUAUACAAAGCUGUAUGAUAUGAUCGUUUACAAUACAGUUUCAUGUUAUAACAUACAGUCACAACUUUGUCCUCUUCUGUGUCUCAGUGUCUGAACGCCUCCAACAUCUUGUCCGCACAUGGGAUGUCCACAGAGGGGGGUGUGACCCUCGGCGACUUCAGCCUCCUCUGCCCCGCCCUCCUCAACCAGAUCGACGGUGAAGCGUGCAUCCUGCACUUAGACGCUGCAGAACCCAAAGAGAGAGGUAGGACACAAAGAGAAAAUUACUUGAGUAAUUUUUCAAUAAAUCACUCAGACCAGGAGCAAUUUUAUCAGAACAAAACUGAUUUAAUCUCUCUCCAUCCCAAGACCACAAGCAUGCUCACGGUCACCAUGACCACGACCACGUGGACCGUGACUUCAGCGAGCGCUCUGGUGGGGACAGCAGCAAAAGCAUCACAAUAGGUACGAUCAAAAAUGUCGACUGUAGUUUCAGAUUCACUCGACUAUUGUAAGUUGCAGGUAAAAGCAGAUUCAGGUAGUUGAAACGUUUAAUCUGUUUGUUCCAGCGUGGGUCGGCGGUUUCAUCUCCAUCUCCAUCAUCAGCCUGCUGUCGCUGCUCGGCGUCGUCCUCAUCCCGCUCAUGAACAGAGUUUUCUUCAAGUUCCUCCUCAGCUUCCUGGUGGCGCUGGCCGUCGGCACGCUGAGCGGAGACGCCUUCCUUCAUCUCAUUCCUCAUGUGAGUCAGCGACACGACAGACGUUCAAGUUCCCUAGAAGUCUGGGGAAAUUUAUGUUGUCCUCCAGUGUGAGCUCAUCAGACGAGUCGAAUCGGGAGUUCUUCUAAAGACACGAUGAAUCAUUGACCAUUUUUUACCUCGACCAAAAUGAAUCAAGAUCCUGACGUAGUUUCUGCUGCUGAACCUGCAACAGCUGGUUAAAAAAAGGAGGCUAAUAAAAUGUGUAACUCUCAGUGACUUAUUAAGUUCAGGUGGUUGUGAAAUUAGUAACUGAGUCAGCAGAACAAGGUCUGUAGUUGGCAGUAGAGGUGAAACCACAGGAUGCAGCGCAUGUCUAAAAUCAAAACAAACAUGCACGGAUGAGAAACGUGAAGGAGGGAGCUGUUAUUUUAACAGAUGUGGGUUUUUUAGUCUCAGGGAGGACACCAUCACCACCACGAGGAGUCUGCGCUGAACAUCUCUGAUGGACAUCAUCACGUCCAUGAGGAGCAGGGGGAAAACCUGGACGCCGUGUGGAAGGGUCUGACGGCUCUGAGUGGAGUUUACUUCAUGUUUCUCAUCGAACACUUCCUGACGCUUGGCAAGAUGUACAAGGACAAGAAACAGAAGGUCAAACACUUUUAAUUCUUAAUCGGAUUUCAGACUUUUAAAAGAUUUUAAAAGAGAGUCGGUUUAAUCGUUAGCUGGCGGGUAUUUAUUUGUUGUCCUAAUAGGUCCAAAAAAAGUGGGAUCAGAAGGAUAAAGCAGAUCCAGAGAAGCAGCCCGCUCUGGAAGAACACGACCUGAAACCAACUGAAGGUGAGGCAAGACUGCAGGUUUGAUAGGCCUCUAGGAUCAGCUCAUAAAGUAGAGUGUCGUCAGCAUAAAAAGAGAGAUACCUGGUAUCAUUUAGCCCGAAUAAAAGACAGAAGGUUUAAGACAAAAGGGGCCGAGAAUCGAGCCCUGAGGGACACCAAAACUCAGCUGCUCAACUAGAAGAGGAUGAUGCCGGUCAGUGAUUUCAGGGUUUUCCAUCCUCCCCCAGAUGUGGAGACGAACGGUGCCGGUUUAUUCGGCGACCACUCAACCGGUCUCCACAGCAGCAGCGUGGCGGAGGAAGAGCAGGUGAUGCUGGCGCCGCAGGUGGCCAUCGUCUCCCCAUCGGGGGAUGCCGCCUACACCGCCGAGGACUGCGAGAACAAAUGCCACUCCCACUUCCACGACACGGUGGGCCAGGCUGACAGUAUGCACCACCAUCACCACGACUACCACCACAUCCUGCACCAUCACCACUCCCAGAACCACCACCCGCACAGCCACUCCCACUCCUACUCAGAGCAGCACUUCCAGGAGGCCGGUGUGGCCACGCUCGCCUGGAUGGUGAUCAUGGGAGACGGGCUGCACAACUUCAGCGACGGCUUGGCAAUCGGUGAGUCACUUCACGCUAAUAUACGCCAAGAUGCUAAAGUGGACCCACGUUUUAACAGAAAUAUGUCCGUCCAAGGAUUUUUCUCAUAUGUACUGGGAGGCUCCAACAUGUAGUGUACUUUACAGUGAGAUAAUUGUAUCAGCUGGUAGAGGCUCCAGACUCAGCUGAGAUAAAACCCCCUCAGAGCCGAAAACUGAACCCACAUGUAUCGAGAAAACAGCUGCCUCCCAGCCCUCCAAUCACACCCUCCUACAAAAUAAACAACUCUUAGGUUUUUCUACCAACGUGUCAUGUUUGUGUUUUAUUUUGGGUUAGAUAACAAGCUCCAUACUUUGGAGUAUUUAAACCUGGAGUCUAACUUGAACACGUGGAAAGAUUGUCGACAGUGUAGUCCGAUGGGUUUCCUCAGAGUGAUGAGACAAUUGUUCCCGUCUACAACAGAAAGCUCUGAAGGGGAUCAUCUCUGUGAUUUUGUCAGUCACUUGGAAUAAUGAUCUGAGGUUUUUAUUUUUGUUAAAGGGGUGACGUCGCCUCUGAGAACACAAAGAGGCCGUUUUUCUCUGUAGGACGCCACAGUUCCCGCCUUGUUCGUUCAGUUUGGGUCCAGAUCUGUAAAACACACUUUAACAGGAGAUUAAUCGCCUCAUACACCGCACAGAUCUGCCGUGGGGUUAGGAAGCUGGAUAAUUAGACAGAAGGGAGAAGCGCUCACAGCUCAGCAGCCACAGUAACCUUGACUGUGAAGUUUUGUGUUGGAAACAGGAGGUAGAAAGGACUCUUUGUUGUGGUGAUACUCAGUCUCCUCAAAGUACCGUUUUCAAGGCAAACAGAGAGAGAGAUGGAGGACAGAAUGUGGAUAUUAAAAUACCAAACAAGAGCUCCAACAAAGAUGGGAAGCAUCACAAACCGACUUUCUCACCUGCGAUUCAGAGUCACACACCAGCAACAACAAGCCUCUACACUAAAAAGAUAAAACACAUGAUGAUCAUUAUUAAAAUGGUCGAGUUUAAGUUGAAUUGGAGACACUCUAAUCUGCUCUGCUGUCAGUACAUGGAUUGCAGGACAUGAAUUGAAGCUCUAUUUUCUCUAUCAGAGCUGCUCUCACUCUCUCCAGAACUGCUAGUCCUCUUUAUGUGACUUUGUCGUUGCUGGUCUUCGAUGUCAUGAGGUUUUGCUGUUUUCUCUGCAGGCGCCGCCUUCACCGAGGGUCUGUCCAGCGGUCUCAGCACCUCCGUGGCGGUUUUCUGUCACGAGCUGCCCCACGAGUUAGGUACGUGUUUUUGAUGAACAGCGGGUUUUGUUGAGUUAUUUCAGUGUCACUAAAGUUGACUCCGUUUCCCAGGCGACUUUGCGGUUCUCCUCAAAGCUGGGAUGACGGUACGCCAGGCCAUCCUAUAUAACGUGCUGUCGGCCAUGAUGGCGUACCUGGGCAUGGUGACGGGUAUCUUGAUCGGGCACUACGCAGAGAACAUCUCCAUGUGGAUAUUCGCCCUGACGGCGGGACUCUUCAUGUAUGUGGCCCUGGUGGACAUGGUGAGUCAGUUUUACCCAUCAUGCACUUGAACACACUGGACAGACUGUAUAUUAGGGCUCAGACGAUACGCUUUUCCCCCCGAUUCAAUUCUUCUACAAUUUUUUGGAUGCCGAUUCGAUUUAAAUUGCGAUUCUACGAUAUUGUCGAUUUUCUCGGUUUUAACGGUGCGUUCGAGUUUCCUCGGAAGUCUGAUGUCGGAGCUGAAAAUGACAUCACACCCAAGUUUCCAGGGUUUCAGUUACAAAGUCGGAAAAAGCAAAAUAUAAACAUCACAUCAGUUUUUAAGAUUUAUUCUUAAAUUUGAUUUUAAAAAAAAUCGAUUUUUAAUCAUAAAAAUUGAGAUAAAAAUGUAAAAAAAAAAUUGCAAUACUUAUUUGAAUCUAUUUUUUUCUACUGUAUAUCUGAACAUCAAACAUCUCUGAUCAAACACCUAUUUUUGUGCCCGGAUUGUAAACCUUGUAGCAGGUGUAGAAAUGACAGGAAACCCUCAAUAGAUCCCUAAUAGGGUGAAGUUUUAAAGACUUUUUAUCCCAUAGAGAUACACGAUAUAGUUCCUGAGAAACUGUAAAUAAUAUUAAUGGUGUCACGUGGGAUCGUCUGCGAUCCAGCGGAGUUCUUAGAAGAAAAUUAAAGACGUAAAUAUUUAGGGAGGAUUCAGAGUCAGGAGGACUGAACUUGACCUCACUCAGUCAGCUGGAUCUGUCCUGUCCCCUCUCACUGGUGCUUCAGCGCGGCCUUCAGGACCAGAUGGCCUCUUAUCUCACGUGCGCACACACACACACAGACAGGUCACGUGACAGUUUCCGAAAAACAGAAGGAAGUGAGCCGUCAAAAACUGCUGCUGUCUGAGAAUAAACAGGAAACCUUUAAAACGUCCAGUGCUGCCCCUCGGUGGCCACAGCCCUGCACUGCACCCUAAAAUCAGUGGUUGGGUCGAUUUAAAAAGUGUGAUACUCUCUCUCUCUGCAGGUGCCUGAGAUGUUACACAACAACGCCGGGGACCACGGCUUCAGCCACUGCGGCUUCUUCCUGCUCCAGAACGCCGGCAUCCUGCUGGGCUUCUGCAUCAUGCUGCUAAUCGCCAUAUUUGAGCACAAGAUCCAGCUGGACCUGGGCUACUGA